AUGUGCGCGUGUGCAUGCGGUGGUGUGGGUGACAGUUGAGCCCCAAAUACUUCCGAAACAAGAACUAAAACCAUUGGCAGGCUGACGGCGAGAGCUGGCUUACAAUGAACAAGAAACGGAGAGCUUGAAGCAAGCAGGUGUCGAGCUGAAAAACUGAUCCAAACUGGACCUGAAUUGGACCGUACAUCUGAGGUGGAUUUUGGCGCAAAGAGGAGAGUGCCUGGAGAAGAAAGUGUGCCGCUGUCUCCUAUACAACCAUGCUCAACCUCUUGAAACAGCAGUUUGGAUCUGUGGGGAAGAAUCAGGAUGCCACUGACCUUCUCACAGAUGACCUGGUGCUGGUGGAGCAAAGGGUGGAGCCAGUCAAGAGGGCCGCGCAGGUCAUUCACAAGAGGCUGGCGGGCUGUCUGCAGAGUCAGCAGGGGGUGGACGCAGAGAAGCGCACGAAAAAGCUCCCUUUGAUGCUGCUGUCUGUCAGCAUGGCAGAGAGCCUCAAAGACUUUGACGGAGAUUCUCCCAUAAGGAAGGUUCUGGAGAUGUGCUGCUUCAUGCAGACGCUUCUGGCGAAGACUCUGGCAGAUUUUGAGCUGCAGCUGGAGAGAGAGGUUUUGGAGCCACUCCAUAAACUCAGUGAGGAGGACCUGCCAGAGAUUCUGAGGAACAAGAAGCUGUUUGCCAAACUGACCACUGAUUGGCACGCGGCCCGGAACAGGUCCCAGACCAGCACUGUGGAGGUGGAGGAGGCCUGGAAGAAGCUGGAGUGCAUCAAGGACCAGUACUCUGCAGAUCUGUAUCAUUUCGCCUCUAAGGAGGACAGCUACGCCAACUACUUCAUCCGUCUGUUAGAGCUGCAAGCUGACUAUCAUAAGAAUUCCCUGGACUGUCUGGAGACAAAUAUCAAAGAGAUGAAAGAAGACCACAGUCUGUCAGGGCCCAAGCUGUGCGUCCCCUCGGGGCGGGUGUACGGAGCACCCCUCCUGGCUCACCUGCAGCACAGCGGGCGACAGAUCGCUGCCCCCAUCCAGGAGUGCGUGCGCAUGCUGCUGCAGAAGGGCAUGAAGGAGGAGGGUCUGUUCAGGCUGGCUGCAGCAGCCUCUGUAGUUAAGCAGUUGAAGUGCAGCUUGGACAGUGGAAACGUCGACCACAGCGAGUUCAACUCUGAUCCUCAUGCAGUGGCAGGAGCCCUGAAGUCAUACCUCAGAGAGCUGCCUGAACCUCUCAUGACAUUUGAACUCUAUAAUGAUUGGUUCAAAGCAGCAGGGGAAAAAGAGGUUGCAGACAAGUUAGAGCAGCUGAAGGGAGCACUGAGUAAACUUCCCACAGAGAACUACAGCAACCUUCGGUACUUGGUGCAGUUCCUGGCUCGUCUGUCGGAGUAUCAGGCCGUGAACAGGAUGAGCCCAAGUAACAUCGCCAUCGUGCUGGGGCCCAACUUGCUGUGGCCUCGCACUGAGGGGAUGGACGCCCUUCUGGACAUGGCAUCAGCCUCCUCUGUGCAGGUUGUCACGGUGAUCGAGCCACUGAUUCAGCACGCUAAAAGCCUGUUCCCGGAAGCUGUGGAUUUCGAGAUCCCCGAACCCCAGGGGGAUGACCCACCAGCGCCUGUGACCUCCCGUCCCGAGUCUGGGACAGAGCAGACCCCUGCAGUCACAACCCCCUCCUCACCCUCACCCACUGACAGCUCCUUGUCGCCUGAGAGUCGUUCUGGUUCCUUCAAUGUAAAGACUGGCCCACUGAUCCACCGGACCACUGUUUGGGAGAAUCCCACCCGGAACCAGGAUCCGAAGCUGAACCUGAAACAGAGCCCAACCCCCAGUCUGACUUCAGACAAUGGCAGCCAGAAUCCCACCCAGAACAAGGACCCAAACCUCGAGACUGACAACACCAGCCGGAAUUCUUUUCGGAAUCAGAACCAGAGCCCAAAUACAAAUCCCACCUCUAACCUGACCCAGACGAUGCAGUCCAACCAGCCAGAACCCACUUCUGGCCAGCCUCCUCAGAGUUCUGGACCUACACCAUACAAAGCCAAGAGAACCUUCCAGGCCACCAAGCCACCGCUCGCCCCGAAGACUCAGAUGGAGCCGGGGCCUCGCCCUGUUGCAAAACCCAGAGCCCCAGGUCCCCCCCUUGCCAGAGCGACCGCCCCCAAGCCACCCAUUUCAGUCGAGCCCCAGGCUUCACUCAACAACAUGGCCAGGCCCAGAAAGUUAACGGUCAAAGCCCCCAGAUGCCCACCCCCCCAGCCACCCCCCCAGCCACCCCAAGCAAUCAGUAAGUAGCUCAAGGGGCAUCCUGCGAGAGAUUAAGGUUGCAAUCCCCUUUAGUCACAUCCUGGUGCUGAAGCACCAGCAUCUUUCUGAGAAGCGAGGACUUGAGGGGGGCCUGUGCCUCCCCUGUUACUCCAUUUUUAAGCUAAACUAGAGCUCACCUUCACAGCAGCUUCCUCUCACUGAACUACUUCUGGUAUCCAGAGAAAAAUGCCCACAGUUCCAGAAGGUCUUUGGCUUUGAGUUACCCAGGUGUUGUGAUAAUUCUAGUAGGGCCGCUACAAAUAUGUGGUGCAGCCUGGAUUAAAUAACCUUUGCCAGAAAUCUCAGGGAUCAGGCUUUUGUCCAAGAAGUUCUUUUGGAGUCAGACUUUCAUCUUCAUCUCUAAGCUCCACUGUUAUCAGUAGUGUAGUAUUUGCUUUACACAAUGUUGCUGUGUAGUUCUGGUGAAAUAUAUGGUAUAAUAUGUAAAUACAACACUGCCAAGCUUAUUAAAAACAUCAUUUUAUUAUAAUCGCCA